AUGCAUGCUAUAAAAUAAGUGAAUUAUGGGGGUUUCCUUUAUCUUUAAAGAAACUUCUGCGAAGAGCUUAGAACAAUUUUUUUCCCCCUCGAGUGCCAUUUUCCAAAGGUACUCACCGACAAAUAAGGUGUGACUGUAAUGGCUGCACUAAGUUGUCUAUUGGACAGUGUAAGAAGGGAUAUAAGGAAGGUGGACAGAGAACUAAGGCAAUUGAAAUGCCUCGACGAAUGCACACGUUGCCUCUGCGACUUAUAUGUGCAUCCUUAUUGCUGUUGUGACUUACAUCCAUACCCUUAUUGCCAGUGCUAUACCAAGUGCUCACGCGUUUGUGGGCUAUGUGAUCUAUAUCCAUAUUGCCUGUGUGAUAUCAAGCUAUUCUGUCUUCGACCAUCAAUCAGAAGUUUGGAGAGGAAAGCCAUUAAAGCCAUUCUGGAUGAAAAGAAAGAACUGACCAAACUAAGAAGAACAACAAACAAGAUUCUGGCAGCAUCCUGUUGCAGUAGUAACUUACUAGGGUCAGUGAAUGUGUGCGGCUUUGAGCCUGACCAAGUCAAAGUCAAAGUAAAAGAUGGAAAGGUGUUUGUGUCAGCGGAACGCGAGAAUAGAUACGAUUGCCUAGGAUCGAAAAAAUACAGCUACAUGAACAUCUGCAAAGAGUUUACCUUGCCCCCUUGUGUGGAUGAGAAAGACGUGAUUUAUUCUUAUGGACUUGGCAGUUGUGUGAACAUUGAAGCCCCUUGUGCCCCAUGCCUUCCAUGCGGUCCAUGUGACCCAUGCGUGCCAUGCAAUCCAUGUGGCCCUUGCAACCCAUGCGUUCCAUGCAAUCCGUGUGGCCCUUGCAACCCAUGCGUUCCAUGCAACCCAUGUGGCCCUUGCAACCCAUGCGUUCCGUGCAACCCAUGCAACCCAUGCAACCCAUGCAAUCCAUGCAGUCCCUGCAGUCCCUGCGACCCAUGCAGUCCCUGCGAUCCGUGCAGUCCCUGCGAUCCGUGCAAUCCCUGUGAUCCGUGUGACCCGUGUGAUCCGUGCGACCCAUGCGACCCAUGCAGUCCAUGCGAUCCUUGUGAUCCUUGCGAUCCGUGCGAUCCAUGCUAUCCAUGUGGAAGCCGAAUUUCCUACCGGAAGAUCAUAACAUAGAGGGGUAUAAUCAAUAGGCUGGUUAGGAGUUAGUUAGUUUUAACAUGAGGCAGCUCUUUCAGUGUUUCUCUUUCCCUGCUUUCUGAAAUUCAUAGGCGCCAUAAUACAUAACUGCAAAUAUGUUGGUGUUGUGUGAGAAUCUUUCCGCUCUGCCUGCCGCUGAGUGGGGUUAUCCCCACACAAUUCCUGGGUUCCAAGGAAUGGUAGGAAAGAAAAAUGGCAUGGGAGAUCCAUUCACAAAGACCCAGGCAUGGAUUAUUCAAUGAUGGUCCUUGGGAACUCUACCUAGGAAUUAAAGAAAAGUGGAAUAUUUGAAAUGCCCCAAAUCAUGAAGACAGACCAUAUUAUAUGCUGGAUUCCUGGGAAAAGACCAAGAAGUGAAUGAAAAAGGGACUUACUUGGGAGAGGCCAAAAAAAGGGAGUAAGUUGUUGAUUUCAACCUGUCCCUGGAAGAUAUCACAAAAACCAUAAAGUUUGCACUAUAAAUAUUGUU